AUGUCUCGGAGCCCCCCUGACAGCUCUGUGGAUGACGAGAUCUUUCUCCUGGAGUACCGAUGCCACCCGGCGCGGCCGGAGCCCCCCAGCCCCACCUCCCCCCCCGGGAAGAGCAGCUCCGCCGCGGCGCCCGAUGCCGCCUCGCUCUCGGCAGUGGGCUCUCCCACCUCGGCUGAGCCCCGCCGCAUCAUCCUCAGCACGGACAGCCCGGCCGCGCUGAAGGUGGGAACCCAGCAGCUGAUCCCCAAAAGCUUGGCUGUCUCCACCAAGACCAAGAACAACCCCUCCCGGCACCAGAGCUUCGGGGCGGCCGGGUCGAGCCGGGAGCCCCGGGGCCCCGACCCAAAGCGGGCGUCCGUCCCCAGCCUCUCCCUGGAGGUGGAGGUGGAGGAUGACGGUGGAGGGGCCCUCAAGCGCAACCUGAGGAACAUGUCCUACCGCGCGGCCAUGAAGGGCCUGGGCGCGGAGCCGGAGCCGGCGAACGCCGUCCCCUCGCUGAAACCUGUGGCGGAGGAGGGCAGCGCCCUGCCUGCCCACAGCCCCAGCAGGAACAAGAGAACCUUUGGGCGGAGGCGGGUGCAGAAGCGUGGCGGCUCAUUCAAGGACCAGCCCCGGCUGUAUCAGGAAAUCCGUGAGAGAGGUCUGAACUCCGUCAGCCACGAGUCAGAUGAGGAUUUGCGGGAGGAAUCCAGCCCAGAAGAGCCGUCUUCCGGGCGCGCUAUCGUGGUGCAGAGCUAUCGCCCGGCGCAGGUGACCUGGAGCCAGCUCCCGGAGGUGCUGGAAGCGGGCAUCCUGGAAAAGAUAGCCCCCGAAGAGCGCAAGCGGCAGGAGGCCAUGUUCGAGAUCAUCACUUCUGAGUACUCCUACAUGCACAGCCUGAGUGUCCUGGUGUGCCACUUCAUGCGGUCGGAGGAGCUGAAGGAGACCAUGACUCAGACGGAGCACCACCACCUCUUCUCCAACAUCAGCGACAUCCUGACGGUCAGCACCAGCUUCUUUGAAGACUUAGAGAAGCGACACCAGGAAAACCUCCUAAUUCCUGACAUCAGUGACAUAGUGGAAGAAUACGCCCUGAACCGCUUCAAUCCUUACGUCAGCUACUGCUCCAAUGAAGUCUACCAGCAGAGGACACUUCAGAAGCUGCUAACCACAAACCCCUUAUUUAAAGAGACCUUGAAACAAAUUGAAAGGAAACCAGAAUGUGGAGGCCUGCCAAUGAUAUCAUUUCUCAUUCUCCCUAUGCAGAGGGUAACACGGCUUCCUCUGCUCUUAGAUACUGUCUGUCAAAAAACAAAAGCAUGCACUGCAGCGUACGGAGCUGCCACCAGAGCUCUGAAAGCCAUCAGCAAGCUGGUUAAGAACUGCAAUGAGGGAGCUCGUGCUAUGGAGAGGACAGAGCAGAUGUACACCCUGCAGAAACAGCUGGAAUUUGGAAAGAAGAAGCCUUUCCCGCUGAUUUCUGCUUCCCGCUGGCUGCUGAAGAGGGGGGAGCUGUACCUGCUGCUGUCGGAAGAGGCGGGCAUCUUCCGCCGAGGCGCCGGCAGGCUCUGCUACCUCUUCUUGUUCAACGACGUCCUGAUCAUAACCAAGAAGAAGAGCGAGGAGAGCUACACCGUCAUGAACUACGCCACGCUGGACCAGAUCACGGUGGAGAAGAUCGAGAACGCGGACCCACCUUCCCCUCCUCCCAGCAAGAGCGGGAGCGGUGGCACGGCCCGCGGCGCAGCCGGCGGGCACCUGCUCCGGGUGGUGAUGGAGAAGGACAGCGAGGGCAGGCGGGAGGAGAUCGUGCUGUCGGCAGACACGCUGAGCGACCGGGCCCGGUGGAUUGCUGCGCUGAUGCACAGAGAAAAGGAAAAGCCCGACACCACUCCUAAAGGAGAUCUGAGCCAGGUGGAGAUAACCCACGCCUACCUGGCUAAACAGGCGGAUGAGAUUUCCCUGCAGCAGGCUGAUGUUGUCCUGGUGUUGGGCGGAGAGGACGGCUGGUGCUGGGGUGAGAGGCUCAGGGACGGUGAAAGGGGCUGGUUUCCCCAGUCCUGCGCUCGGCAGAUCACCAGCCGCACAGCGGUGGAGUGCAACGUCCGCCGGAUGGAGCGGCUGCGGAUAGAGACCAACGUGUAGGCUCACGGCCAAGGGAAGAUGCCUCUGUCGUGACUCAUUUCAGGGGUCUUCAAACCCCUGCGGACUGAGCCCGUGGCGAGAAGGGAGCGGGAGAGCCUUUCUUCUUGAAUUUCGUUUGUCUCGAGCAGUCACAGGCGGCAGAUCUUAUCGUUCAGGACUGGUCUUUGUAGCGGCCGUGGCAGCAGCUAAUUAACGUGAGACCUGGCAUCCGAGCGCUCCUGGCCAACGCUAAUAUUAAUGAGCCGGCACAGGCUUCAGGAGGCAGCCAAGGUGUGGGCUCCAGCUGAAAAGGCUGCGGCUGUGUUCUGGGCGCUGCGAAGAGGCUGGUGCUGCCGUCUCUUUCCCUGCUGGCGUCUGGGCCGGUGCCUGCUGGCACCGGCUGUACAUCGUGCGUGGGAAGCCCCGGGGCAUGGGGAGAGCAUACCUGAAUCAAGAAUUUUUAGGAACUGAAAUCUAUGUGCUAGGCUUAUUCCUUGACCCAAUUUUCCCCUCCUGUUUCUUUUUUCUUUUUCCUUUUUUUUUGUUCCCCUUUCUUUUUUUCCCCCCCAAUUAUUCUUGGUUCUUUUGAGCACAGCUGUGACCUCCGCAGAGCGAGGUGAUGCCCACCACCUUCCAGGCACUCGCUAAACUAGCAGGCGCCGGAGGCCGGUGCAGUUGGAGUUGUUCUCACGGAGUCAGCUCUGGGGCCAGAAACGGGGUGCUCCAGCCAGAGGGAAGCGAUUUGCAAGUCCCGCUGGCCGAGCAAGC